UGAAGUUCGCAACAACAAUCUACGCACGAGCAAUUUGUGAUCUGCAGACUGUAUACUUGAAGAUGAUAAUGACAAUGGCCCAUCAAGACAUCAAUAUGCCAAUAUAUUGGAUAAUGUUAACGGCGGUGAUUGUUGGUACAUCUGUUGCCAUCGAUCAUUGGCCUGAUUCAUUGUAUGAUGGCUAUGACAUGGUUGGCUCAACAUGUGUAGUCUCCUAUACAUCAACUGAGUAUAUAUCAUCAUCUAGGGGUGCUCUGGUCUACUCGAUGAUUGGCUCCCAAUACUCUGUAGGAACCUGUUACUACAUAUUCUAUACGGCUGAUGAUGGCCGUCUCCUAGUGGAUGCAGAGAAGAUGGGCUUAGACGGCACCGGAGCCUGUCUCAACUUCGAGGAAAGCUCAGAUUCCUCAUUCAACAGGAGAAGGCAGUUGGCAAGGUAUUGUGGGAAUACAUUGUUUCAGGUAAACACGACCAAGCGGUACCUGAAGAUCAAGUUUGAUUCGUCCUCAUACACUGACAAGGCUGAGUUUCGUCUGGUUGUAUCACCAUUCUUUGAAGGCGGUGUUUCCAUCGAAACCUUCAAUUGUGAUGAUGGGUACAACAUUAGCAAAGACAUGAGGUCGGAUGGUCAUCAAAAUUGCCCAGACAAUAGCGAUGAGAAGGGUGCCUCUGCAUUGCCCUGCUCAAGUCGUAUGUUAUCCUGUGGUGAAUCAGGACCAUGCAUCGCCAAGGACUGGAAGUGCGACAGAAUCCCUGACUGCCCAAAUGCAAGCGACGAGGAAGGCUGUAUAUACAAGUGUCCUGGUAGUUCCUCCAAUGGGGAAUCUUAUCAGCUGGAAUGCCAGGAUAAGAGUGGAUGCUUCUCUCAGUAUGAGCGAUGUCGUGGGAAUAGCUAUAGCGAAUGUGAUGACGGAUCAGCAAAUAAGUACUGUGAUGCUUGUGAUGGCUAUAAUGAUUACUACUAUUUUGCAAAUGAGCCACACUUCGAUUCGUACUGUCCAAUGACCCGAACUUGCAUGACAGCAGAGCAAUUCUGUGAUGGCACGACAGACUGCCCUAAUGGAGCAGAUGAAGAAUACAACUUAUGCCAUCCCAGCAUUUAUUGGUACUGGACCGGGGGUCAACUGGCGGGCCUUUUCAUCGGUUUCAUCAUUUUUACAGUCGUUGUCGUCGUCGUUGUUGCCGUUGUGCACAAGAAGUGUCGCAAACAAGUGGGGUAGACUAAUUUACGCAUGACGACUGCCAUCUUGGGCCUGUUCCUACAAGUCUUGACAAUGAUCAUAAUUGAGUUAAUGGCUCUAAUAUGAAAGGCACCAGACUACAUGUGUAUCUGUGUCAGGUGCAUGCUUGACUGUCAUAUAGACUUAGAUGGAAUAAAAACCAAGCUGACAAUUGUCAGAGUUUACUUCAGUACCCGAUUUAGUACUGUCUAGCAGAUUUUAACAAUUAAAUGUAAUUCUGGGUCUUAACUCUAGAUAGUUAAGAGGCACUUCAGGAUUUGUUGUGUAAAGUUUUUUAAGGACCCUGUCUCCCCAGCACUACAAAUAAACAUGCUUUCAACAACAAAUCUAUAAAAGCGUAGUUCACAAGCUAUCGUAUUGUGUCUUUAAAUUGUAUAAAUAGUGGAAACCCUUUUGGGUUCUAUUUUGUACAGUGCACGUUUAUAAAAUACAUGAGUAGUUUAUGUUUUUUCCUGAUGCCUUUGAGAGCUUUUGCUGACAAUGUAAUGUCUGUGUCAGCUUUGGCACUCUCUUCACUGCUGUAGGGUCUCUGCGUGUAUGAAUUCUACGAUGUACGAUUUUCUGUAUAUAAAUAUAGACUUGAACUGUUUUUGUAUAUUGAUAAUGUGUUGAUAUUGAAGAUAAUGCAGGUUUUAUUCAUGUUAUAACUCUGUCAUGUAAAUGCACUAAGGGAAUAUACAACAUAUGCUUUUGCUGUAAUUUUCAGAAAUUGAUGGAUCUGGGGGUUAGUACCGGUAUUUUAUAGCAAAUAUUGUUACACAGACUUUUUUGAAGUUUUGUGUUUGUAGAUGCUGGAAAAACUAAGAAAAAACAAUCAUGUUCUUGAAGUUGGGUUCCCUGACCUCCCUUAAGAUGAAACAGAACAAUUUAUAGACGUCAGGGAAUUGUUACGUCAGGGAACCAGUCUACCUGGCUUGUACCCAUUCAUAGACUUGCUGUAAUUGGUU